CAUGAGAAAUGGGAUCAUGUGAUGGGUAGUUGUAAAACAAAUUUCAUGAAAAUUUUUAGCAAUCAAACAGCAUAUUUGGGUGGAAAUUCCAUGAAAAGUGUGUGGUAUCUUUUUCCACUGACAUUAACUUCUCUCCAUAAAUUUUGAUAUUUGUAGUGUAAUCUAGAAGAAGUCGUCAACGAAGACGCCAAUGAAGAAGCUACGCCACCAGCUGGGUUCUCACGCGCCGCCUCUCCUCGGCCUAUACUUUGUUUUAAUUUGUUUCCUCCUCCCGCUGGAGAUUGCUCGAGCUCAAGAUAACAGAAAUGCCACGACUGAUCCUUCUGAAGCAAGAGCUGUGAAUGCUAUGUUUCAGCGAUGGGGAAUUUCUGGAACAAAUCAACGAUGGAACAUUAGCGGCGAAUUAUGCAGCGGUGUUGCAAUCGAUACAACACCAUUUGAUAGUAUCAAUCUGGGUAUCAAAUGCGAUUGCUCUUACAACAAUGGCACCACUUGCCGCAUUACUGAGCUGAGAGUUUAUGCAUUGGAUGUUGCAGGUCCAAUCCCGAAUGAGCUCUGGAAUUUGACAUUGCUUGAUAAUCUAGAUUUACGCGAAAAUUAUUUGACAGGUCCACUGCCUGCAUUUCUUGGAAAUCUCACUCGCAUGCAGUAUAUUUACUUUCCUAGUGCUGGAGUUAGCGGUCCAAUACCCAGAACAGUUUCAAAUCUAACGAGUUUACAAAACAUGUGGGCCUCUGACAAUGAACUUACUGGUCAGAUUCCUGACUUUAUUGGGAGUUGGUCGAAUCUUAUUUCCCUGAGGUUUCAAGGAAACUCCUUUCAGGGGCCAAUACCACCAUCAUUCUCCAAUUUAACCUCUUUGAAUGAUUUGAGAAUAAGUGAUCUAUCUAAUGGAAGCUCUACACUGGACUUGGCUGGAAGUAUGAAGUCGUUAUCCACCUUAAUUUUGCGGAAUAAUAACAUUUCUGGUUCUCUAUCUUCCAAUUUUGGUGAAUACCAGAGUUUAACAUUGCUGGAUUUGAGCUUCAACAGUUUGACUGGGCGCAUUCCAGAUUCUCUUUUCAAUCUGAGUUCACUGUCUAACUUAUAUCUUGGUAAUAACAAGUUUACGGGUCCCCUACCAGCGCAAAAGCAUACAUCUCUACAGAACAUAGAUAUAUCAUACAAUGGAUUAUCUGGGAGCUUUCCAUCUUGGGUCAGCGAACCAAAUUUACAACUCAACUUGGUUGCCAACAACUUUACCAUAGACAAUUCUAAUGGCAGUGCUCUGCCUUCAGGAUUGAAUUGCCUUCAGCGGAAUUUCCCCUGCAAUCAAGGUUCACCUAUCUAUUCCAGCUUUGCAAUUGAUUGUGGUGGUCAACAAAUUAGGUCUUCAGAUCAGAUUGUAUAUGAGAUGGAUAAUGAGACUCUUGGUCCGGCAACACAUUACACGACCCGUACAAACAGAUGGGCAGUUAGCAAUGUUGGUCUGCCUUCUAAUAGCAACAGCCCACAAUAUAAAAGCUCUUCUUCAUCCCAAUUCACUGCUACUUUGGAUUCAGAGUUGUUUCAAACUGCACGAAUUUCUGCGGGAUCUUUGAGAUACUAUGGAUUGGGUCUUCAGAAUGGUAAUUACACUCUGAAACUUCAAUUCGCAGAAAUCGGAUUUCUUGGUCCUAUGAGGUGGAUGAGUCUUGGAAGGCGGGUUUUUGAUAUAUAUAUCCAGGGGAAGCUGGAGUUCAAAGACUUUGACAUAGUAAAAGAGGCUGACGGGACCCCUUUGAAAGCUGUUGUGAAGGAAUUGAAAGUUCAGGUGUCUGAAAACUACCUUGAAAUCCAUUUCUUCUGGGCUGGAAAAGGGACUUGUUGUGUUCCUACUCAAGGUACAUAUGGGCCUUCAAUUUCGGCAAUAAGUGCCAGCCCAGAUUUCAUUCCCACAGUUAGAAACGGAUCUCCAAGUAGAAAGAAGAAUAGGAUUGGUCUGAUUGUGGGGAUUGUAGUUACAGUCGGAGCUGUAAGUCUUCUUUCUGUAUUUGCGGCAUAUUAUUUUGCUCAGAGAAGAAACAGGAAGAAGAGCUAUGAGGAUGAAGAUUUCUUGGGGCUGGAUGCCAGACCAUACACGUUCAGUUAUUUGGAGCUAAGAGCUGCAACAGAUGACUUCAAUCCAGCUAAUAAGCUUGGAGAGGGAGGAUUUGGACCUGUGUACAGGGGAACUCUUCAGGAUGGAAGAGUUGUUGCUGUUAAACAAUUGUCUAUUGCAUCCCAUCAAGGAAAGAGGCAGUUUGUUGCAGAGAUUGCCACUAUAUCUGCUAUGCAGCACCGUAACCUUGUGAAAUUGUAUGGAUGCUGUAUUGAGGGAGAUAAACGGUUGCUUGUUUAUGAGUAUCUCGAAAACAAGAGCCUUGAUCAAGUAUUAUUUGGGAAUAGAAGUUUAUCUCUUAACUGGCCAACACGCUUUGAUAUAUGCUUGGGAGUAGCAAGAGGUCUUGCUUAUUUGCACGAGGAAUCCCGACUUCGAAUUGUACACAGAGAUGUUAAAGCUAGCAACAUUCUGCUUGACUCCGAUCUGAAUCCCAAAAUUUCAGAUUUUGGUUUGGCAAAACUGUAUGACGACAAAAAGACCCAUAUAAGUACCCGUGUUGCAGGAACAAUUGGGUAUCUUGCUCCGGAGUAUGCCAUGCGCGGGCACCUUACCGAGAAGGCAGACGUAUUUAGCUUUGGAGUUGUAGCCCUAGAAAUCGUCAGUGGAAGGCUGAAUUCUGACUCUAGUUUGGAAGAGGAAGAGGUGUAUCUUCUUGAAUGGGCUUGGAAUCUUCAAGAGAUAAACCAAGAAAUGGAACUUCUUGACAGAACACUAUCCGAAGUGAAGGAAGAUGAAGUGAAAAGAAUUAUAGGAGUGGCUCUUCUGUGUAGUCAAACGUCCCCCAAUUUGCGGCCUUCAAUGUCCCGUGUGGUGUCAAUGCUUUCCGGAGAUAUUGAGGUGCCCCCUGUCACUUCGAAGCCAGGAUACCUGACUGAUUGGAAAUUUAGAGAUGCAACAACCUUCAUGUCAAAUACGGAUAGUUCAACUUCAAGAACUGAUAUUAGUCAUGAUAAUUCGUCAAACAUAGGAAGCAGGGCAACAGAUCCAGCUUAUUCACCUAUCCUUGAUUCCAAACCGAUUCUUCAUGAGAUUAUUGGCGAGGCCAGGUGAUGAAUCGAAUUGUUCUAUCUUUAUUAGAGAGAGAUGACAUUGUGUGGUUUUUGUAUUCAUAGUUUAGUUUCUCCUUAUACUUUUUCAUUUGAGUAAUGUUAUUUAGCUCUUACUGGAGCUAUAACCACAGCCUAUGUGGCUUUAAUGUAAGUGAAAUUAAAUAAGUUAUUUAGCCGAUCA